GAUGUUUAAGACAUGCCCCUCAAAAAAUUAUUUCGAAGCAAAGCUUCGCCAAAAGUAUUCCCUGUUAAAAUUUCCACUCUUGAUGCUGAGCUUGAAUUUAGCCUUCCUUGUAAGGCAACUGGUCGGGACUUAUUUGAUCUUGUUUGCCGGACUAUAGGACUCAGAGAAACCUGGUACUUUGGAUUACAAUUCAUUGAUACCAAAGGUUUGGUAACAUGGCUCAAAAUGGAGAAAAAGGUUCUUGAUCAAGAUGUACCAGGCCACAACCCAAUGCCUUUCUUUUUGCUGGCAAAAUUCUACCCAGAAGAUGUGAGUGAGGAGCUGGUGCAAGAAGUGACACAACACCUCUUCUUCUUGCAGGUGAAACAAGCAAUCCUAAACAUGGACAUCUACUGCCCCCCGGAGAUGUCAGUUCUACUAGCUUCAUAUGCAGUGCAGGCGCGCUAUGGCGACCACGACCCGCACUCAGAUGCCAACCCUCUAGUGAUGGACGAGCUCCUGCCUCAGAGAGUCAUCAACCAGUAUCAAAUGACGCCAGAGAUGUGGCAGGAGCGCAUUGGAGUCUGGUAUGCCGACCAUGCUGGCAUGACCAGAGAUGAAGCUGAGAUGGAGUACCUUAAAAUCACCCAGGACCUUGGCAUGUAUGGUGUCAAUUACUUCAGCAUCACUAAUAAAAAAGGCACUCAUUUAUGGCUUGGUGUUACUGCUCUUGGUCUGAACGUGUAUGAGCAUGACAACAAACUGGAGCCCAAAGUGAGCUUCCCUUGGUCUGACAUUCGCAACAUCAGCGUUGAUGACAAGAAGUUCAAUAUCCGCCCUACGGACAAAUCUGCAACCAACUUCGUAUUUUUCUCCAAGAACAACCGAAUGAACAAACUAAUUCUCGACCUGAGCAUAGGCAACCACGAUCUAUUCAAACGGCGGCGGAAGCCCGACUCCAUAGAAGUCCAACAAAUGAAGGCUGUUGCGAGGGAAGAGAAAGCCAGGAGACAAGUAGAAAAAGACAAGCUGGCAAGAGAAAAGGUGCUAAGGGAAGAGGCCGAACGGCAGAAGGCGGAGCUCGAGCGCCGCCUCUACCAAUACCAGGAGGAGAUGAGGGUCGCUAAUGAGGCUCUCAAAAGAUCUGAAGAGUCCAGUGAGCUCCUGCUUGAGAAGACGCAUAUAGCCGACGAGGAGUCGCGCUUGCUGACGCAAAAGGCUCUCGAGGCUGAAAAAGAACUCCAGCAAAUGAAGUUAUUGUCAGCCAAGACCCAAGAAGAGAAGCUCAUGCUUGAGCAGCAAGUUAAGGAGACGGAGUUGCUGGUCUCGAAGCUACUCAAGGAAGGAGAGAAGCGAUCUGAUGAAUCCGAACGCCUGAAGAAUUAUUUGAUUGGCUCUCGUAUUGCAGAGAAACAAGCCAAGGAAAAACUUCUCGAGUUUGUUGAAACUUUUAACAGCUCCAUUCAGCGCAGCGACUCCAGUGUUGGGGUCAACAGCUUUGGUUCUCAGUCACUAUACUCAUCAACGCCCUACAUUCUCCCUCCGUCCUAUAAGUCAUACGAACGGUUAAAUGCCGUGAAUGCUGCAAACAGCGCCUCAAUGGACUUCAGUUUGCUCGCCGGCCGUCACGGAUCUAAUGAAGUGCUGUCAACGCCCGUCGAGUCCCGCUUGAAAAACUCACACAAUUUCGACCGGUCUAACUUGCUGAGAAAAAGUCUCGACUCCCAUUUACUGGAUUACUCGAGCGUCAACCACACGCACGACCGCUCCAAAAUGGUCAGCCCACCUGUCAUUAACCUUAGCGCACUGGAGGAAACCGCUUUAAACUUGGAGGCAUCAAUCCUUGGAAAGUCUACUGCAGACACGACUAUGCUGAACAGAACUGCUGCAGACACCACACACAUGAACAAGUCUUCUAUAGACGUUACAGCUCUUCAGGCUGACAUUAACCUUCUAAACGACACGAACGUCGAAGAUCUUAAUCUGGAAAUUGAAAAGGAGAGAGCUCACUAUCUUGAAAAGUCUCGCACUUUGCAGUCUCAACUUAAAGAACUAAAGGAUGAAAUACAGGAGCUCAGAGUGGAGGACGUGUCGAGUGUCCUGGACAGCGUGUACGAAGAACAGCUUCGGGCGGGAGAGACCAAGUACUCAACGCUGCAGCGCACGCGGUCUGGCUGUACCAAGUCUCGCGUUGCUUUCUUUGAGGACCUGUAGAAAUUGACGCACAACUCCUCAUCACUGCAAAUCCUUCACAAAUAUCGAAGCUAUAAGCUUGAUUAAUUUACCUUGUAUACUCAUGACAAUUAGAUAGGUAUUGCUUUAAGUAUUCUUUCACAACACACGCCCAUUGAAACCGAUAUUAGCGAUGGUUUUCAUGAGAAACGUCUUCGGUAGAAUUGAAAUUUUUGUCUUUCGUAAGGUCUUCCAAAUGCUGCAUCGAUUGCAGACUUCACUGUUGUGCCUUCAAACAACUACAUAUAAUGACUACGCUCAAUUUGGGUGCUUUUACAACAGAGCUUCGUCCUGUACCAUUUCUUCAAGUGAAAGAUCAAAGAAAGUAUCUAAGUGUCCAUGCUUCUUAAUUAAUUUACAGUGAAGUGAAAUUAUAAUUUCAUAAUGAACACCAAUUGUCCCUUUCGAGCUCCCUUCAAACUAAUGAUCAAAUUAACAAUUGUUGUAUUAGUCACAAAUUACUGAAUCACUUGCUUUGUAUUAGGCGUUGAAUUGAAUUAAUAACUUCCAGGAUCUGACGCUGUAAGUUAAAUUUCGGUUUUUAUACAGUUAACUUUUAAAUGUUAAGAGACUGACAAAUUUUACUUUUUAAACUAAUGUUACCAUUGAGAAGUACGCGACUUCAAUAUUUAUAUUGAUACGAAUUUUUCUCUUUAAUUGUAUAUGUUUUUUGGAAAGCGCGGAAAAAUUCUUAUAAGAUGCUUUAUUUUUGUAAUAAGUCUGUGGUUUCAGCCAGUGCUAUGUGUUACUGCAUAUGUAAUGCGUGUAGAAACGGGAAAAGUGUACUUUUCCUGCAAGUUUCAGCGAUCAAAAACCAAGCUACAUUCUCCUUUAAGCGUCAUUUUUAGAAUACAGGAUGGGUACCGCGAUAGUUACAAGUUUAAGAAGGUUUAAAAACACAUUGUGA